AUGGCGGAACAGGACCGCUACGGCGGCUGGUUUGGAGGAAACAAAGCCGACAAAGUCCAAGAGAAAGUCCAGGAGAAAGUGCAGCAAAACAUUCCUAAAGGCUCGGGAGCCGAGCAAGACCGUUUUGGUGGUUGGUUCGGAGGUGAUAAAGUAGACCGUGUAAAGGACCGCGUAAAGGAUGCGGUAUCGAGAGAUCUACCUAAGGGUUCCGGCGCGGAACAGGAUCGCUACGGACGCUCCUUCGGCGGAGACAAGCUUCCCUCUGCUGAUCAGGUUCGCGAUAAGUUCUCGGAAACAUCUGGUGCCGAGCAAGAUCGAUAUGGACGUUGGUUUGGUGGAGAUAAGCUCCCCUCUAGAGCAGAUAUCGAGAAGAGGCUUCCCCAGACUUCGGGUGCUGAGCAAGACAGAUAUGAGCACUGGUUUGGUGGACACAAACUUCCUACCAGAGCAGAUAUCGAAAAGAUGUUACCUCACGAAUCAGGAGCCGAACAAGACAGAUACGAACGUUGGUUUGGUGGACACGAAGCCCCUUCGGCGAAAGAGCUGAAUAAGAGCUUACCAUCAGGUUCCGGCGCCGAGCAGGAUCGCUACGGAGCACAUUUUAAACCUACUCCUGCUGCCAGAAUCAGGUUUGGUGGCACAACAUCAACACUCGGACUUCUUCAACAUGCAGUACUACCAUCUUUCGGUUUCCACAGCGGUCUCAGCCUCAUCGCGUAUGGGUUAGGACGCUAUACCGACACAGUCGAAGCUAAGGACUGGCUGUGGCCGAGUGCACAAGUAGCAAAUGCUUGGUGGAGCGCUGUUGGGAUUCCCGUAGUUCACGAAGGAUUAUCUCUCUCUGCUGCCUGGUCUGCAUUGUCGUAUGACCAGAAGCUUCUCUUAGGAGGUGUUAGUGCCUGGGGUCUACGUCUCUUCUACCGUGUUGCUUCGCGCACUCUUCGACGUGGUAAAGAUGAUCCUCGAUACCGGACGGCAGCUAGGAAACAGCCGGACUUCUGGAACAAGGCUUUCUUUACUGUGUUUCUACCUGAGGCUCUCAUUCAGACCUUGAUCUCCCUGCCGUUCACAUUGCCAUUCCGCGCCCCAAUUGCUACUGCUCUUGCUUCUCCUUUCCCUGAAGCAUCGUCCCUAUCUCGUAGCGUUGCUAUCUUCCUGUUCGCCGCAGGAUACGCUCUGGAAGUCCUAGCUGAUACUCAACUUGCGUCUCACGAGCGUAAGAAGGGUGCUGAACUUAACCGCGAAGGCGUAUUUAGCAUUGUCCGACACCCUAGCUAUCUCGGUGACGCUCUGGCACACCUUUCCUUCCCUCUCCUUCUCUUCAGCGCCGGACAACUACACCCUCUAACACUACUUGGCCCUAUUACUAACUACAUCUUCCUACGUUUCAUCGGAGGAGACAAAGAAAAUGAGGAGCACCAGGAGAAGCGCUUCGCUAAAGAAAGCCCUGCUAAGUAUAAGGAACUACAGCAGUACAAGAAAGCCAAGAACAGCUUCUGGCCUAGUCUAGCUGAGUUCGGUAACAAGUGGCUGUGGACCGUCGCUGCGGUCGGUGCUGGCGGUGUCGUUCUUGAGCGAUCGCUAGGCAGUUUCAUUAGGUCUUGA